AUGCCUGAGUAUACCACCGAAUAUCUUCAGUAUUGGGGGAUGAGUGGAUUGCUCGCUGAUGGCACUACCAAAUACGAAGUCUCAUGUAGCUUCAGCGAACUCGCCUGGCUGGAAAGCGAGUGGGCCAGGGAUCGUUUGGAAAAGUUCGAGGAGCCACACUGGUCGAAAGAGCUUAUUGCAGAGGGCCAAUUUAUAUGCGGCUGUAUCUCCGGCACUCUUUUCAAAAUGGUACUUUGGAUCGACUGGGUUGAACGACGCUGGGACCGAAUUGUCCGUCAGGUCGAACGUCUGCUCAUGGCCCACUCGGAACGUGAAGCAAUUAUUGAAGAAGAGCUGGAAAUAUCCUCUUGA